ACUGAUCCGCGAUCAGUCUGAUGUGGCACGCCAGGGCACGGCAGCCAAAAGAGCGACAGAGAGAGAGAGAGAGAAAUCUCACACACACCCUUCACUCAAACAACAUCUCCCCACCUCUUUUUUCUUCUCUGUCGCUCACUUUGUGCCUUGUGUACUGUAGUGAGGACAGAGACAGUAGGUGAGCUUUAUAGAUCUGGAUUGGACAUUCAAUUCUUCUUACAGUGUGAGCUCUCUGUAAAUGUGUUUCUCCGUGCGGCCACAGGUAUUCCAGGUCACUAGGAUUCCUCCAGGAACAACUUCACCUACCUGUGACUCGUUUAUUUCCUAUCUAGGAAUGAGAGCCUCGCUGCUGUGUGUAAGAGGACCCAAACGCUGCAAGGAGAACAUAUUGCUGUCUCUUCCAUUUUAGAGUAGUAGGGUUACGGCUUCUUUGUUCAUUUUUGGGCCAUCAUGGGGUUGUUAGUGGAGCAGAAUGCCUGGCUGUUUGUGGCCCUUUUAUUUGGGAUAAACCACUUUGCUGAAGGGGGGUGCUCAGGAAGGUGUUGUCAAGGAACAGAUCGCACCUGUUUUACUACAGACUGGAGGAUGGACCGAGCCUACGGGACGUGCUAUUGUGAUGAGAGGUGUGUCAAAACGAAAGACUGCUGCUUUGACUACCCAACAGCGUGCCCUGCCCAGCCUUGUGUCAUGAGCGAGUGGAGUCACUGGAGCGGAUGUGCCCAGCCAUGCCAGCCCUCAUUCCGUGCUCGGAGGCGCAGCAUUCAGAUGAAACCCCACAACAGUGAUCAGGUCUGUCCAAUGCUGGAAGAACAGGCAGGCUGCAUGGAGUAUCAGGACCAUCAGGGCGGCUUCUGUGCUCAGACACAAGGAACAGCAUUCAUAACCACAAUGGAGUACAGCAAAGACAGAACACACGAUUUGUAUGGGGCCCCGGUGAACCCUGGAUUCUGUAUGGAAUUCAAGCUGGAGUCUCUCACACCACAGUGUAUGGUAGAAAACAGACCCUAUACUCGCUGGAUGCAGUACUUACGGGAAGGUUACACCAUCUGUGUGGCUUGCCAACCUCCAGCCAUGAGCAACCACAGCCGGAGUUGCCAAGGAGAUGGUACCCUAGCUGAGAGGAAUGAGCUUCUACACUGGCAGGCAGUAGGAAGUCCUCGCUGCAGAGGAACAUGGAGAAAAGUCCAGAGACUAGAGCAUUGCUCCUGUCCACUAGUACACAGCUUCAUUUUCAUUUAAACCCAAAAUCC